AUGAGAUCUUAUGACACAUUCUAUGAAGUUUUAACAAGUGAGAGUGAUGUUUCAAUCCAAGAGAAAAUAAAAUUAUUAAUAGAUUUCAAAAGUCAUGUAAAAAAAGAAUUUGUUGAUGUUUCACUAGUCCCGCAAUAUUUUAAAGCUUUAUUUUAUUAUUUAGAAAACACUAUUGACAAUAAUAGCAAACAUUGCCAGGAUCCACGUUUAUUAAAAUUGUGUUAUUCCUCAUUUUGCCAUUUAGUUAAAAGAUGUUCUAUGCAAUCACCGUCAUCCUUUACAUUUAUACUAAUUAAAAGGAUAAUUAUCAUACUACUAGCCCAUUUAUAUACUGUUACUAGUCCUCCUUCUAAUGACCAUAAUAAUAAUAAUCUUGUAUUGGAUUUGAAUAGUAAAAAGGCUUUAAUUGGGAUUUAUUUAGUAAAAAAUGUUGAUUUUAAUAAAGCUAUGCAGGAAAUUUUAACCUUAUCUCCAAUAACGCACGGGCAUGGUGGUACCACUAAUAAUAUAGUACUGAAAAGAAACUUUAUAUAUUUCAUUAAUGAAAUUAUCAAAUUAAUUGAGCAGAAUCAUAAGGCUAGUAGUAAUGAUCUAUUCAUAAAUAAUAGCUCACAAGAAUCUUUAAGGUUUUUGAAUUCUUAUAAGUUAAGUUUAGUUGAAAAUUUGAAAUAUCCCGAACUACAUGAUUUGAUUAUCGAUUUAUUUAAAACCUAUGAGAUAGCAUAUGAUGAUGAUGAUGCUGAUGAUACUGGUAGUGGUGGUUUUACUAAUGCCAGUAACAAUAAUAAUCAGAAUCGUAAUGAUGACUCAUCUACCUCAUCACCCUUUGAUGUAGAUUAUGAAUUGUCGCAAAUCUUACCACAAACAACAAAUAACAAUGUUUCCACGAAUAACCGAAACUCCACAUUAUUAUUCAAGCCAUCAUCUCCCUUAAGAAACUAUUCAAAGUUGGAAUUUCUUUUUAAAGACUUAGACGCAUUUAUUCCACAUUUUUCUAAUAAAGAGAGCGAAUUUAAUUGGAAGAAAAGACAAAAUUUCAUAUUAAAAUUAAGAAGCAUAUUGAAUUGUGAUCUAGUGCUGCAGAAUAAACGUGAAUUUAUUGAGCACUGUAAAGUUGCAAAUUACACCUCUUUUAUUUACAAAUCGGUUAAUUCAUUACGGACUACUUUGUCAAUCCACGCAUGCAAUUUAAUCAAAGAGUUAGCAAUAAUAUUUAAAGAACACUUGGAUCCGUUGCAGGAACCUUUAUUUGAUUCACUUCGACCUCUAUUAGGCGCUACCAAAAAAAUUUCAGUUAACAAUGCCAAUUCAACCAUACUCUAUUUGCUAGCAUAUUGUCAUCAUUUCAACAAAAAGAUAUUUCAAAGUAUUUUGAAUUUAUGUAAAGAGAAAACUUUGCAACCAAGAAUAAGCAGUUGUAAAUUUUUAAAAAUUUUCAUUAUCAAAUAUCCCAUGAAAAUGUCUUUGGGUAAUAGUGAAUUAAUACGCUCAUGGUUUAUUAAAAAUUUGACUGAUCCUCAAGUUUUGGUGCGAAAUGAAUCUAGGUUACUUUUUUGGUAUUACUAUAAAAUCCAGCCGGUUCUAGGUAAAAAACUACUAUUUGGUUUAAAUUUGCAAACAAGAAAAAUGUUAAACAAUAAUAUACCGUUGCAUUUAAAUAUUGUGUUGGAAGGAGAACAUAUCAACACCAAUAAAAGGAAUGCCGAUGUAGAUGUAUACCCUAAUAGUACUAAAAGGCGCCAUCUAAACACAUCAUUAGGCAGCCAUACCGCUGCUGUUAGUACCAUGAAUAAUAAUCAAAGAAAAAACCAGAGAGCAUAUUCUGACACUUCUGCACUAAAAAUUGCAAAUGGAAUCACCACUGAAAAUAAUAUCACAGACACAAGGACGAAUGCCGGAUUGAAUCGUCCAAACAGUAGCGCAGUUGGCUCAUUAACCAAAAGAAAUAUUAGGAGCUUUACCACUAGCUAUAUAACCGGCAAACCUAACGCGCUUGUUGAAAAUACUCCGAAUCACAAUAAUACUCUCAGUAGCGAUAUUAAUGAUUUAACGUCCUCUUUUAAUUCACCAAUACACUCAGCCACUAAAUAUAAUGUUGUAAACUCCAUAAACAACAAUGCUGUGCAUUCUCCAACACUCACAAACAACGGUAUCCGCAGUGCUAGACAUUCUAUUGUUGCUGAAAUAGUGGAUGAUUUGGAUCCUAUAAAGGAUUAUGCUUCCAAGUGUAAAGGUGUGACAUCGUUAGAAAAAGAGCUUAAGAAAACUAAUUUGGCUUCGUUGUUUGACAAUUCUUUAAAGAUCUCACAAUAUUUACGAUCGUUUAUGUUAAAGGAUCCGGGUGCUAUUAGACCAUUGUUACUGUUACAGCCAUUUUAUAAGCUUUUCCAACCACCAAAUUAUUUGAUCGAGGCGUUUUCUAUUAACAAUGAAAUUGAUAUCCUGAAAUUGGUGCCCACUUUUAGUAAUGUGGAAAUUUUGAAAAUCAUAACACAUGACAUCUUUUCACAGGCGAUGCACACAGAUUUGGAAUCAUCCAUCUAUUAUGUUAAAAAUAGGAAAAAAAUAUUUGAUUAUUGUUUAAGAAGUUGUAUCGCAUUGAUUAACAAUUUAAAUGCCAAAUCCGAGCUUGAUGAAAGUUUUGGAGUGAUAGUUGAUGAAAUUUUUAAAAUAUGGGGCAAAGAUUUCAAUGAAGAAGUUUAUUUUGAACUAAUAAAUGUUUUAUUCAAAUUUGAUGAGGCUGCAUUUAUUCAAAAUCUACGACAACAGGCAUUAUCUUUAAAACUGAACAUUUCGUAUGGCUUAACUGGUAAAAAUGAAAAUUUCACUAUAAAUGAAGUAUUAACACAAGAUGAAUACCGAUCUAGUGGCGCUUUGGUCCAUAAGAGUGAAUUGAAUUCACAACCAUCAUCUAUUGAAAAUAUAGACAACCAAGAAGAAAAAGACUUGAUGGAAAUGACUAAAAUAAACGUAUGGAGUAGUGCGAAACUUAAACCUAAAAAUAACAAUAGCAUAAAGAUCGAUAAUGAUGAUAGUUCCGGUAGCGUUGUAGUGCAUGAAUUAGCAAAUCCGCCACAUAAUGAUAAUAAGGAGGACAAUAUAAAAAAAGAGGCAAUAGAUAAAAAUCAAAAUGAAAAUAUUAAUCCAAAUGGAAAUGAGGUGCAAGAUCAUACUGUUGAUACUAAGAAAUUAAAUGAGAUGACGAAAAUCAUAUCCAUUUAUCAGCCAAAAAGCGUAAAAUAUAACAACGUAUACAAAAAUGGAAUUACUGUCAUAGAAGAAGAAAGUCAGGAGCCAGAAGUUGGCAAGAAUGUUGAUUUGCGGGACAUAUUUCAUAGAGAUGAAAGUAAUUCUUCCAUUAUUGAUGAUACUGGUCUGAAAAAAAUAAAUCUCGAUACUGAGGGAUUCAUGGAACCUGAAAAAGAUGAGAAUAAUUUCAUAAUAAGUACUAAUACUAGUAGUUCUGAUGACUUACAAACAAAAACGACACAAGAAAAAACAGGAGAAGCAGAGGAAGCAAAGAUGGAAGGUGGUGAUUAUGAAAAGAGUUUAUCUUCAUUAUCGCCAAUUAAAGUUCCACACGACAACAUAAUUGGCAAAAAUAAUUACGUUGGCUUAGUUUUCGAUUUAGACUAUGCUAAAAACACCAUGAUAUAUUAUUAUGCCCAAAAUGAGAUCAGAAAUUAUAAAUUUAAAAUAGAUAAUAACGAAUUCUAUGAUCCUAUUGAUGCUGCUAGUUCUAAAUUUAAAUCAAAAGAGUCAAUUAUUCGUCUAUAUCACCACAUUGAAAUGAAAAAUGAUUCUGCUCAAACAUAUAAGGAGGCAGAGAAAUUGACUUGUAAAUUAAUGGAAAGGUUAAAGUAUGAUACAUACACCGACCCCGUAUUAUUAUGUUUGAUAUUUGUAUCAUUGAGCUCUUUACUACAAGUUAUCCCAGACAAUUUUCACAAAAUUUUCAAAGACAUGUGGUUCAUUUAUCAUGAUAUUGUAUAUGGUAAACAAAAAUCGCAAUCUUUCAUAUUUGAUGAUAUUUCCACCAUAUUGCCAUUGGAAUUUAUUGAUUAUUACAUAGAUAACUACUACAUUGAAAGCGAAGACACUGAAAAUUUUGAAAAAUCAAUGUUAAACUUACUAGAAAAAAAUAGCGAUAUGCAUGAUUUAAAUUUGAACCAGGUAAUGUUUAUUUUAGAAACGUUUUGUUUUUUGGUCAGUAAUGGUAAGAAUACUAUUUCGAUAGAAUUAAAAACUGUAAGACAUUUAUUGGAUCUAGCACGAGAUAAUGAUGCUAAAGCAACUUUCAUUCAUUUACAAAUUUAUAAGAUUCUGGCAAUAUCUUGUGGUAAUAAAGAAGAUGUAGAUACUUUUUUGAGCUCUUAUCUAACUCCUUUAGAAAUUAUUAUGGUUAAAAAGUUUCAAUCGAUAAUGUCGAAUUUGUAG